AUGGCUCGAAUGGGGAGGCUAGGCUUUCUCGCUGUGGCGGUGGCCUUUCACCUCAUAUAUGCCUAUUCGAUUUUCGACAUAUACUUUGUCAGUCCGAUCGUCAGUGGCAUGCGCGAGUACAGCGUAACGCACGCAGAAGAAGCUCCUGCGGAACGACUUGUCCUGUUUGUCGGUGACGGCUUACGAGCAGACAAGGCCUUCCAAUACUUCCCCGAUCCUUCGCCUGGCGCUGAACAGGAGGCUGGCUGGCAAGAACCGCGCCCCCUCGCACCUUUCCUUCGAUCGCGCGUGCUUGAACAUGGUACAUUCGGAGUGUCGCACACUCGUGUACCGACCGAGUCUCGGCCCGGACAUGUUGCCCUGAUUGCUGGCUUGUAUGAAGACGUGUCGGCUGUCACGACUGGCUGGAAGCUCAACCCCGUCCAUUUCGACAGCGUCUUCAAUCGCAGUCGUCACACCUGGAGUUGGGGUAGUCCCGACAUUCUGCCCAUGUUCCAAGAGGGCGCUGUCCCUGGCCGGGUAGACGCUUUCAUGUAUGGCGCCGAAGAGGAGGACUUUAGUAAAGAUGCCACUCAUCUGGACACAUGGGUAUUUGAAAGGGUGGAGGAGCUGUUCGCAAGCGCCAGUCAGGAUUCAGACCUCAAUGCGCGCUUGAGGCAGGACAAAAAUGUCUUCUUUCUGCACCUUCUGGGUCUGGACACCACCGGUCAUUCUUACCGUCCUUACUCACGCGAGUACCUUCACAAUAUCAAAGUGGUCGACCAGGGUGUCGAGAAGAUCACUGCCUUGAUCGACAACUUCUACGCCGACGACAAGACUGCCUACGUUUUUACUGCCGACCAUGGCAUGAGCGACUGGGGUAGCCAUGGCGAUGGACAUCCAGACAACACCAGAACACCACUAAUUGCCUGGGGAUCUGGAGUCGCGAAGCCAGUCACCGUAUCUUCUGGUCUAGCUCCAGGUCACGAUGAUGACUUCUCUUCUGAUUGGCACCUUGAUCACGUCCAGCGCAACGAUGUUGCUCAAGCGGACAUCGCUACACUCAUGGCAUAUCUUGCUGGCCUUCCCUUUCCCGUCAAUUCAGUUGGCGAGUUACCGUUGGCGUUCCUAUCGGCAGACCAGCAGACCAAGGCCCAAGCCAUGUUGGUAAACGCCCAGGAGAUUUUGGAAAUGUACCGUAUCAAGGAGCAUCAGAAGAAGAACACCGUGCUCCGAUACAAACCAUUCCCAGGCUUCUCCGACGACCAGAAUUCUCCGGAUCAUCGCGUCGAAGCUAUCAUGAACACCAUUGAUCAGGGUCGCCAUGAGCAGGCUAUCAAAGACUCUGAUGCUCUCAUGAAGAUGGCAUUACAGGGACUGAGAUAUCUCCAGACCUAUGAUUGGCUGUUCUUGCGUGCUUUGGUGACUCUGGGAUAUCUGGGUUGGAUGGCUUUUGCAUUUACAUUCGCUCUAGACCAGCAUGUAUUUGACGGUAAAGUCGACGCAACUCGGUCUACUGCGACUACGACGGUCUUUUCAUCCAUUUUCAUCGCACUCCUUGCAUUCUUGAUCGUCCAAUCUUCUCCUUGGACUUACUACGCAUACGCCUUUUUUCCAGUCAUGUUCUGGGAGGAAGUUUUCGCUCGCCGGCAGGCGCUCUUCAAAGCCAAGAAUCUGUUCUCUCAAAAGCUAUCGGGAACUGACAUAUUAGGGCUUGGAGUGAGUCUGCUGGUCUAUGUUGGCAUUCUUGAAAUUAUGGUGCAGAGCUACUAUCGCCGCGAGAUGUACACGCUCUGUUACCUUUUGGCCAUUGUCUGGCCAGCUUCGUAUGGACUCGAAUUUGUCCGCCAAAACUGGAUCAUCUCUGCCACCUGGGCAUUGGCUUGUGUUUCAAUGAGCAUCUUCACCGUUCUGCCGGCUAACAAGGUCGAGGAUGUCAACUUGAUCCUCUUGGGAGGCUUGCUUAUGCUCCUGGCCGGUAUCCUGUAUAUUGCGUUCGAGAAGAGCUUGCUUGUGCAAGCCACUUCAAGCAAGGGUGGUCUCACUGCACCAAGGACAGACCAGGUGUCCAGAAUCCUUACUGGUGUUCAAAUCGGCCUCAUCGCCCUGGCUAUGAUUGUCACACGUUCCAGUGCCACUUCGUUGCAGGCAAAGACUGGUCUACCCCUCGGUGCGCAAGUCACUGGUUGGAUCGUGCUUGUUUCGUCUCUGAUCCUUCCAUUUGCUCAUUCAUACUCGCCGAACAACCACUACCUCCAUCGCAUAGUGGUUGUUUUUCUUGCAUUUGCACCUAUGUUCGUCAUCCUCACCAUCAGUUACGAGGGCCUCUUCUACCUUGCUUUCAGCUGCACCCUGAUCACCUGGGUAAGACUUGAACACCGGAUCUACCGUGCCUUUACGACCAAAAGUUCUCUAUCGUCACCCACCGGCGCUGCUUCUGAGAUUGUCCUCGAGAAGCACGAAUAUCGUUCACUGACUCUGGCCGACGCACGCAUCGCCCUGUUCUUCCUCUAUCUGCUACAAUCCGCAUUUUUCAGUACCGGCAACAUCGCUUCGAUAUCAUCGUUCAGUCUGGAUGCCGUCUCCCGACUCAUUCCCGUGUUCGACCCCUUUUCACAGGGUGCGUUACUCAUCUUGAAGAUAUUGGCACCAUUCGCACUUGUGUCGGCAAACCUAGGCCUCUUGACCCGUCGCCUCAGACUCAAGUCUGGCGCCUUGUUUGCGUUGGUCAUUGCGAUUGGUGAUUGGUUGACGCUAAGAUUCUUCUGGAGCGUACGUGACGAGGGAAGUUGGCUUGAGAUUGGCGAGAGCAUCAGUGUCUUUGUCAUUGCUAGUGCGUUGUGCGUCUUUGUUGCCGGUCUCGAGAUGGUCAGUGAAGCCUUUGUUCGUGGCAUCGAGUUUGACGACGAAGUCGAGCGUGCUCCGUCUAGCAAUGGCAAGAUCAAUGGCGUCAAGGCAGAAUAG